CAUUGUUAUUAUUGUUAUUUUGAUUACAUCUCCGAGUGAUACUGUUAACUGUAACAACUAUCUAGGUACAAUAAUGUAAUGAACGUCGUGAAUCAUCAUAGAUGCUCGCCAGUAUAAAAAUCGUUUUGCACGAAACUGAAUUGUUUGAUUUUAUUUUUCGGCAAUCCUUAAGUAAUGUGAACGGUGUGGAUAAAAUUUAAGCACAGCUGUUGCACAAGAAAAUAUUUUUUGCCAAACCUAUCAUUAGAAAAAUUCGAGUUCGGUUAUUGCGUUAAGAAAAACAAAACCCGUCUUCGAAAUCUUCACGUUUAUUCACCUAGCUAGGCGUGUAUGUAAUUAUUUGUCAUCGGUUUGGUUCGUAUUAUCAUGAAGGUUCUUGUUUUGUAUGAUUUUAUUGGAGAACCAGGGUCAUCAGAGUUAUCAGUUGUCGCUGGUGAAACGUUGACAGUAACCAGAAACGAUGUUGGCGAAGGAUGGUGGGAAGGAACGAAUAGUAAAGGUCAAACUGGUUUAUUCCCAGCUGCCUAUGUUGAGGAAGUAAAAGCUAGUAAACCACCUGGUAUACCACCCCCGCCUUUACCAACAAAUUGGGAUGAGCAGCAAGCGGGGGAAUACUAUGCACAAGUACCUCAGACUGAAAAUGUUGACUUUUAUGAUGAUGAAUGGGAAGACGAUUCUGAAAGUGGAACUGUAUCAAACUCUUAUUCUUCUAUGGGAGUCAACCAAAUCAAUAAUUCUGCACAAUCUAGAUCAGAAAUGAAAACUGCUGUUGCUUCAGGCAUGAAAAAAAAUGUUAAUCGAUUUUCAACCUUUUCUAAAUCUGGAGGAGAAAGCUACAUUAUGGGUACAGUAACGAUCCCUGUACCAGAUGUUGAACGUGUGACGAUUAUAAAAAGUGAAAUUGGCGUUGAAUGGAAUGCACCUAAUGAAUAUUACCAGUGUAUUGUAGCGUCGCCAAAAAAAGAAACUAAACUAAAAGGCUUAAAAAGUUUUAUUGCUUACCAAAUUACUCCUACAUUCAACAAUAUUCAAGUUUCAAGAAGAUAUAAACAUUUUGACUGGCUUCAUGAACGGUUAGAAGAAAAAUUCAGUCUCAUUCCAAUUCCGCCUCUGCCAGACAAACAAAUUUCAGGCAUGUAUGAGGAAAAUUUCAUAGAACAUCGGAAAAAUCAGUUGCAAGCAUUUGUUGAUGCAGUUUGUCGACAUCCUGUAUUGUCACAAUGUUCUGUCUGGCAACAUUUUAUUACUUGUACCGAUGAAAAAAGAUGGAAACUUGGUAAACGAAAAGCUGAAAAAUCUGAAUUAACAGGGGCCAAUUAUUUUUUUGCAAUUCAAGCGCCUGAAGAACCUUUAAGUCAAAUGUUACUAGAACAUGACACGGAAAGCUUUUCCAAAUUUAUAAGUGGCCUUGACAGUGCUGUGAAAAACAUGUCAUUAGUGGUUAAUGAUCAAUCAAAGAAAAUGCAGACAUUUUACAAACGUGAAUAUCAAAAAAUAGGACAGUCUUUUUAUGCUCUUGGUCAUGCCUAUGGAAAAGAAGAACACAUUGGUUUUUCAAGAGCUAAUUUGACCAAUGCUUUAAAGAAAACAGGAGAUGUUUACAACGAAAUUGGCAAACUGAUGGAGGAACAGCCCAAAUUAGAUUGGGAGCCUUUUGGUGAUAUGUUGCAUAUUUAUAAAGGAAUAAUAACGUCGUUUCCUGACAUAUUAACAGUGCACAAAGGUGCCUUACAAAAGUAUAAAGAUUGCGAGAAACUUCAAGAUAAUAAGAUGACGCAUCAAGAUGUGCAAAGUGUAAAACAGAGGACCGACGUUGUUUCGUAUGCGCUGUUAGCAGAAAUCAAUCAUUUUCACUUGGAGCAAAAUAUUCAACUUAACCACAAUAUAAAAUUAUUUCUCAAACAUCAAAUUGAUUUUUACCAUAAGAUUGCUGCCAACUUAGAAAAUGUCUUACAACUGUACGAAUAAGCAAAAUGUGUUGUACAGACUAUUAUAUUUUAACAUUUAUAUCUGUGAUAAGCAGAAAUAUUAUAAUGCGAUUAUACUGGCUUGGAAACAUUCGAAUUUAUUUAUUAUUGUACUAAUCUUAAAACUUGAUUAAUUUCUAUUAAAAUACUUUGUUAUCCAUUUUAUUUUUUUUUUUAACUAAACAUUUUUAUUUAUAUUUAUUUAUUUUGUUAGUUGAUUUUAGUAAUUUGUAUGUGUCGAUGAUGAAAUAAUUUCAAUGCUCACUAAAAACACGUCAUUUAAUGUUUUCAAAUGUAUCAUUAUUGCAUAAUAAAUAUAAAUGACAAAAUAAUAUUAUUUUGUUUCAAUGUUUUUACUUACAGUUAAUUGUGUAAUUGUAAUAUUAUCGAAUUACUAUUUAUUUAUUUAGCCAUUAUAAUCUAAUUGACUCGUGUAUUUUUCUAUCAUUAUUU